GCGGGGUCCGGGUCUGGAGCCGAGCGCGCCGAGCCCGCGAAGCCGCCACCCGGGGCUGCUGAGCUGAGGUCGGCGGCGCCGCGGGGUCCGGGGCCGGCUGUGCCGGCAGCUGCACCCGCAGGAGCAGGAGCAGGUGCAGCAGGUGCAGCAGGUGCAGCAGCGAGGACCCGCGCGCGGGCGGCAGCGGCGACACCAUGGAUCUGUCCUUUAUGGCCGCGCAGCUGCCCAUGAUGGGAGGCGCCUUCAUGGACUCGCCCAACGAGGACUUCAGCACGGAGUACUCCCUCUUUAACUCCUCCACCAACGUCCACGCGGCCUCCAACGGCCAGGGCCAGCUGGAGGAGCCCCCGCGGUCCUCCAACGACGCCGUCUUGCUCUGGAUUGCCAUCAUAGCGACACUGGGGAACAUUGUGGUGGUUGGGGUGGUGUACGCCUUCACCUUCUGAGGUUCGGGCGCCCACGAGCUCCGGGCCGGCUCACCCCGUGCUGGGCUCACGGCAGGGCCAGGCUUUGCUCGGGGCACCGGCACUGUUGGCCUUUGGCUGUGCCCACAUUCUGGAAUCAGGAGCUCUGACCACACACACAGCCUCUCCGGGGGCAGCGACCCUGCAGGGUCGGGAAUUCCCCCAAGCAGCCCUGAUUUCCAAAUUUUCCUUGCUGUGGUCAAGCUGAUCCAGAAAACACGGGAGCGUGAGCUUCCAGCCCCUGGAGGCGUGAUGGGGCAAAGACUUCGAGGAGCAAAUUGGAAGAUUUUUGAAACCGUAUUCCAAAAAGGUAAGACCAGAGGAAACAGCCAGUUAGGUGUGAAAUAUGGACAUGGUUGGACGAUCGCUUGCUGGCAGUAAAUAAUCACAUAUGUGUCUUGUUUUUAUGCCAACUUACACCCCUGGUGUGUGGGGUGCCGGGCAAGAGCAGCCCUCAGAACUGGCGUGUUCCCAGCCCAGCCUUGGUCUCCCACUCAGCCCUCUGGAAUACCGGUGGUGGUUACUGGGCCACAGAACAUUCCUCGUGUGACUUGGACAGGGCACCUCUGUCACCAGACACUUGGCCCCUUUUGAGACCCGGAUGCAUCGGGAAAUCCAAGGCUGGGGAAUUACUGGUGACGUGGUGGGAUUUCCCAGGGUGGGGGGUUCUCUGCUGGACGGACUUGCUCUUCUUUUUAAAAAGAGAAGCAGCGCCUUUAAAACUGCAGAUCUGCCAAGUAGUCAAGUCUUCAGACCACCUGCCUGAAGAUGCUCUUUCUCCUCUGAGCAAUCACGGGACUUUAGGGAUGGCGGGCUCAUGCCCACCUGAUCUUCCGACGGAUGGGAGGGAGAGGGCGAUUGGCCUGUGAUCACAGGGCAGGGUGCUGGAGCCCCCGGGGCAGGAGGGACUCUUCCUGACUCACUGGGCUCUCUCAGCCCCAAGGAAGCACUGUCUUAAGCAAAUUCCUACUUCUCAGCUGUCCUCGGGGAGAAUGCCUAUGGGGUCUGGAAGCUGUAUGCCAGGUGGGCAGGGUGCUCAGACUCCUGCAUUGUACCCUGGGUUUGGCGACCGUGUUCCCCUGCAAGUGGGGACGAGCUCUGUCUGAGUCAGCCUCCUUGCAUUCCUCCAAGCCAGUGGCUGGGGGGUCUGGGAAGCAGGGGAGCCUCCUGCAAAGACCAGAACAGGAUGGGAGGCACUGGGAGAGAGGGGCAGCACGGAAAAGGACUCGCUCUUCUGUCCUUAGGAAAGGCCCCUGCACGGUACCUCCCUUCCCCAGGUGGCUCCCCUGUGCCCAGCAGAGUGGGAGAGGCUCACAUGCGGGCUCCCUCACUUACAGGCCAGGAGUGGCUUUCUCCUCGCCCCCCUGCUCCCCCAUGCCGUGCAAAAGAAAAUAAAUGCUCUAAACGUCCCCUAUGUGGUUGAGAAACUUAAAAGCCUGGGUGGGAACCUGUGGUGCUGUUUGGGGACAAUUGCAAAAAGGCUAAUUGUGUGUCCCUGUGGUCUCAGGAGAAAUGAGUGUUCCUGAUGACAGGCAAAGGGACAUCUUAAUUGUCCAGAGGCAGUCAUUCGCCUGCGAGGUUGGCGCUGAGCUGCUGUGAUAACAGGAUUACCAGCCCAACCUCCAGACAGCGUUAGCAGACGGCCGCCAGUUCUGUUUAGCCACAUCUGUCACUGUGGCUGUGCACGCGUGCACAAAUGCUGUGGCUCAAGUGGAGGUCACGAGCGCAGAGAGCCAGCGUGACCCUUGCAGAGAGGGACCUUGUGCCUGGGCUCCUUCUGGAAUCACUGACAGGGCUGUGCUCUCCGUGGGACCAAGCCGGGGGCUGGGCUGCGUGACUAGCCAUGGCGUGGCCGUCACCCCGGCUACUUCUCUAGCAAACUCUUCUCCGUCCCAAGCCCCCACGUGUGCCCAAUCAGCAAGGGCUUUUCUUAUACAGGUGUCUUCAGGAGAACCCAAGGAGGAGGUCCAGAGCCAGGAUGGGGAACCAAGGUGAUGCUUGGUGUCUUUGUGGGGGUCACUCUGGCCCAGAUAUCCUGAUUCCUUACCUUCUGACCCCACAGCCUCAAAGGAGCCCUGUGAAGAGGCAGGUGACAGCUCCCUGUCCUCCAAAUGGCCUGCGGCAGUGGCAGUGGGAGAGAGGGUUCUGUGUGCUGUGACAGAGGAGGAGCAGAGAGUGUGGUCCUAGCUCUAAGGAAAGACUCCACGUAUCCAGGGCAGCCCUGGCGGGCCGGGUGUUCUCUGGGUAAUUCUGGGCACAGGGGUCUCCCCCGUGAAGGCUUUCAUUUCCCCUGGCAUAAAUGCCAGUUAAAUUCAACUUCCAAAUAUUUCUCUCUCUUCAGUGUCAGGACCACAGACACAGGACCUGGAGCUUGAGGGACCAUCUUAUUCAAACUGCCUUCUACGAUUGUCCCAGUCUCCUACAGUAUUUUUAUCCAUUUUUUUUUCCCACCACCACUUAGAUAACAACAAGGAUAGAUGUGCAUGAGAAUGUCCAAUUAAGGGUAAAGGACAGAUUUCCAGCCAGAGAGGGUGCUGUGCUGUCCCGCCUGCCUUACUUAGCUCGGCUCUGUCUUGGAUGUUAGGUAACAGGCAGGCACCGGGCUAGAGACGCACAUGUAUGUGUUUAAUCUGGAUGAUUACCUCACAGCAUCAUUGCUCCAGUAUGUAGAUAUGGAACCAGAAGCUCAGAGGGGCGGAGAGCUUACCUGAGGCCACACAGCAUGAAAGUGGUAAGCUGAGAUUUGAGUGUGGACCCUCCGGCUCUAAAGCCAGCCUCCUGCUGCUGCACCAUGCUGCCGUCAGUGGCUGGGUGGCACCUCCAGGGUACAUUUAAACAAGGCUCUGGGUCUACAGAGGCCAUUCCCCAAGGCCCCAUGUCAUGGUGUGGCCCGGGCCAGCUCUGGCUUCCUCCACAGGUAGAAGUCUGAUCGUCCCCCGAAUGGGGCAUGCUCGUCCCCCUGCCCAUUGCCCUCUCUUUGUUUAAGCUUCAGGGAUGGGGCCCUGUUACCUGCCCCUCUCUUUAAAAUUGAACACAAGAGUUUUUGUGUGGCCAGAGAAGUUACUAGAGAGCAGCUUUCUUGGGAGACGUGCAGAAGGACCCUGACCAUGACCUAGAGCCCAACAAAGGGGCUCAUGCAAGGAGGGAGGCUCAGGCAGCCAGAACCGCCGAGGAGGGUCAGGAUGGUCCGUGUUGUGGGUGAGGCUCCAGCCCAGGCUCAGGCCUUCUGUUGAGACCCUCUCCCGAGCAGGCAGGAUGGAGGCUCCUGUCUCACGCCCCAGCCUGGGGCUCCCACCUGGCUUCACCUGGGUAAGGUUGGCCCCAGAGCCCACCUUGACUUAAUGAGCCGAUGCUGAGGAAGAAGGGGCUUGCCUCUUCAGGAGCUGCUCUUCAAUUUUUUUUUUUUUAAUUUAUGAUAGUCACAGAGAGAGAGAGGCAGAGACAUAGGCAGAGGGAGAAGCAGGCUCCAUGCACUGGGAGCCCGACAUGGGAUUCGAUCCCGGGUCUCCAAGAUCGCGCCCUGGGCCAAAGGCAGGUGCUAAACCACUGCGCCACCCAGGGAUCCCAGGAGCUGCUCUUCAGAGAAGGGGUCCUGCAUUUGCUGGAAUGUUCCCCAUGCUUGGGCCUCUGACAUGCCUCCCAUCUUCCCUCUGCAAGCCACAGGUGUCCGUACCUGUGUUUGUUUGCAUGUGGGACACUUCACUGAACAAAGCAACACCUGCUUUAGGAGGGCUGGAGCCACUGUCACGGGAGCUUUGGAGGAGAGGCCAGAGGACACGUUAGCCAGGUGUGUCCCGAGGAGAUUCCACCUCCUGCAUGGGCCUGGGUGGGGUGAUUGCUCUGCUGUCCCUCCCUUUUCCCUGAGAUCAAGGUCAAGAGGCAGGUGAGAGUUUCCUGCCCUCCCCUGCCCUCCAGAGAGAGAUGAUUGUAUCUUCUUUCAGGAGAUCCCUGGGAUCGGAGGGAGAAAGUUAGGGAGGGCAGGCUGGUACCACUUGGCUGGGGAGGCAAUAAGCCAUUUUCCAGCCUGUUCCAAAUGGAAGGCCUGGAUGCCGGCCAGACCACUAGCGUAUGUUGGAAUCCCUCCCUGGAGACUGGAGAAACUCGGCCAUCGUCUGCUGUGCGCCUGACUCCUUCCAGACAAAUGCUCCUGUCCUUCCUCAGGAGCAUGACCUUCUUUCAUCAUUAGCAGUGAUAUUAUUGAUAAUUAUUAUCCUUACUGUGCUCAUCUAUCAUGCAUCUUCCUUGUGCUGUGCUCUGUUUGUAUCCCAUUGACUUCUCAACCCAUCCCUGAGAGGCAGAAGUGAGGUGCAGAGAAGGGCACGUUAAUUAUCAUCCCCCCUUUUUUUCUGCUGAGAAAACUGAGGCCAGACCAGUGCGUCUGAGAACCCACAUCUAGAGAGCUGUGAUUCAGAUCCGCCGCUGCUGGCUCCCCAGGCUGGGUGGCUACCCGGUGUCUCCCUGCGUGCACGCUCUCCACCGUGAACCCUCUGGAACGGACCGUCCCAGGACGGGGACUCCGAGGCUGGGGCUGUUUGGGUCCUGGAUCAAGGAUUUCAAGUGUAGGUCCUGGAAGGGGGACAGGAGCAUGUGCACAUGUUGAGCAGUCUGAGAACCUCCCAGCAGUAAAGAAGCAUUAGAGAGCCCCCAGUGAAGACCUGUAAUGUCAGGGCGGGUAAAGGGGUGGAGAACUGGCAGGUCCCCGGCUGCCUGGCCCAGGACACCAUCUCCCAGCCUGCUGGGCAGUCACCGGGGAGUGCAGGGCUGGCCCUGGGUUGCCAGCACCAGCCCCAGGACCAGCAUCGUGCUCUCUGCCAGCUGUCCCCCGGCACCCUGGGCCAUGUCCUGGCACGUGCCCUUGACGCCCCCCCCCCAGAAUGAAUGCUAGUUGGGCUGGGUGCCCUGAUGGAACAACCAAGCAGCUGUGCUCAGGGACCCCACAGGAACAGUCAGAGUCCCAUUGUCCUGUAGUGGCCUGCCCCACCUCUCCUGCCCUGCCUGCCCCACGGGCCUCUGGCCUCGGUCAUUCCGUGACAGGGACAUGGGACAGGCCGGCUGAGCUGAGUGCUGAGAGCCCAGAGGGACAGAGUUCAUAAUCUCCAAGCGGAAAAGAAGGAGCCCCUCCAAGAGACUCAGGUCAUCAGAAUCAAGUAGGUGGCCAGAUGUCCCCGGAAAGUCACUUCUGGGAGAUUAGACCUUGGGCAUUUUCUUGCCUCUCUUUUUUUGGGGGGCGGGGCGGUGUGUGUGACAGAGGACAAAAUAGUGCAAACCACAGUGACUGAAGAGAGGAACGAUUCCCCCAGAGUGAGAAGAGGGCAGCUGUCAGGAGCAAAAUGGAAUGGUCGAAAUGUAUGAAAAAUUGGCUCCAUAGAUUUGGGAGUGUAAGUCUGUGUUGUUUGUUUUGAGUCACUGGGAAAGUCAUAAAUUGUUUUAUCAAGAGAGAUGAUAAAAGCAGAGGGAGCCCUGGGAGAGGCAGGACAGGCUGCGCGGUACCCCAGACGUACCCCGCACCCAUCCUUCGGCCAUGGUACGGACUUGCACCUGCUGGAACUCGAGCCAGCUGCUUUCAUGAGGCUCCAUCCUCUGGCCCUGGGUCCUUCCCGCCAUCCCAGGAGGGUGGCUGAGACCUGUCCUGCCUUGGGGUUAAAUCCUGACACAUCCCCAAGGCAUAUGUGCAGGGAACUUGUGUGUUGUGGCAGUUGGGGAAAUCCAGAGCCCUUAUUCUUCACCAUGUGGCUAAGCAGCCACCAGUGAUCCCAGGGGCUGUCCCACUACGGUCUUAAGGAAUGAGAGAAUCACUGCACGUCCAGUCCAAAGCAUUGUCCCAGCAAUCUGGGUGAUUCUGACCAGGGCUCUGUAUGCUGGUAGGAAGGGAGUUUCCAAACGUUCACACUUCGGGGGGACGGAGUCUCUGAGAGGUUUGUGAGAGCUCGGGCUGGUCGGCAGGAGCCCAGGGCAUCCAUGUAGCAACGUUUCUCCACCAUUAUGCCAGUGGUUCUCAAUCUUGGAAGAUUCUGUCCUUUCGGGGGAUCUUUGGCAAUGUCCGGAGACAAUUUUGGUUUUCACAACUUGGUGGGGGGUGACCUUCUACUGGCAUCUAGCGGAUAGGAGCCUGCGAUGCUGUUGAGCACCCCCAACAACACAGAAUGAAUGAACUGGCCCCAAAACACCAAUUGUGGUGAAAUGGGGAAAGCCGGCGGUGGGCAAUGCUAGCUCCAAAGCUCUACCUUUCCCCCUUUUGUGAGUCGUCGAAUGCAUCAGAGCUCUUCUGGGCAACAGCAGGGAUCCCGGCUGCAGCCCUGAGGUCAGAUAAUCCCAGCAGAGGGCAGUGGCCUGCAGCCUAGCAAGUCUUGGGUAUCCAUGGACUCCCCAUUCCCACCACCUUGGGCUCUCAAGGGGAGACUCGGCCCGGAUGGAGGAAGCCCUACAAAGCGGAUGGGAAGGCGAGGCUGAACUUGUCCCAGUAGCUGUGGUCCCUGGGACCCGGAGGGACCUGACUUCUGCUGCAUCUGAGAAGCGCUUCUUGGGGGGGGGGGGGGCAGCAGGGAGCUUGGAAAGGAUGAGGAUGGGAGGGGCUGCCUAACAGCCUGUGGACAAACCUGCAUCUUAACCUUGUUUUUGACUCUCCAUGUGCCCCAUCCCACCCCCCCACCCCUGAUUGAAGGCAUAGUCACACUUUCUACUAUUUAAAGUUUUGCAGAAACCGUAUUGUAACGAGCCGCUCUCCAGACACCAGUUCUUCACGCAGAGAGAAUCAGAAACGUUUCUGUGUCUUACUAAUGUUUUCAUAAUCAACUUGUAAGUAGUUUACUUAAUUAAAAAAAAAAGGUAUUUUAACUAUUCUUGUAACCCUUUGCUACUCAACACCCCCCCACCCCCAGUUUUGCGAUGAGAUCACUAACUUUUACUACAGUGAAAAGACGAUUUCUUAAUGGAGGGCUUCAAGGCGCUCUUUGGUGAAAAAUAUCUAACCUUGAUGGAUGUAAAAAUGUGGCUGUGGAGUCGUGUCCGUUGUCAGCACUAUUGCUUUUGUCUUUUUCUAUUAUGAUCAUUAAACACAAAAACCAAAAACAUUA